CUGCUCGAUUCGUGCGCUGUCAGAAGACUCGAAAGCUAUAUUCGGGAUCCACCGAUGUACAGGCAAGCAGGCCAUACUUUUAUAAGCUGCCUUGUCUUGAAGAACUAACCAAACAAUAUUUCAUCUGAAAUCAGGUAGAUCUCCUCUCCCUGAUCAAACCAAGCAGGUCUCCGGAGGUGCGUCUUAGUCAUAGAUAGUUCAACUUCAAGGACCAAGAGCAAGAUCUCAAGUCAUCGCGUAUCAAUAAAAAAGAUAUUCUUCAAUUCUUUUUUUCAGUACUCACACUUUCACAGUAAUGACACAUGUAUUGCUGUUAGUGUUGAGCAGGAUCGAUCUUCACGGGGAUCUUCAUUUCAAGUUUGGUCAUUUCAAUUCAUAUCAAGACACCGUUUGAUUUGACACUAUGGCGUCGAGAAGUGUACCGUCUGAUGACGAACUUCUCUCCAUUGCGAUUACAUUUACUCGUCCAGAAGAUUUUUUCAAACUUGGAGUUGGGUUGAAAUUUGAGAUUCCUGCGCUGAGAGAUUCCAUUAAAGAUAACUAUAAUGAUGUAUUCAUAGCAACAUUAGCUACUCUUCAACAAUGGAGGGAUCAUAAAAGCGAAGGAGAUGGCACAAAGACCAAACUUUUUGCAAUCUUGAAGCAACAAGGAUUUGACGCUGCUGCUAAUGUGCUGCUCUCAGGUGAUAGUGCUUCUGAUAACCAGAUUCUUGGGGUUUACGCACCAUCUGAGAGUUCAGCAAGUAUUACGAAGAGAAGUGUUACAUUCGAGAGUGAUGGGGAUGAUAUCAGCAUGGUUACAUCAGCCAUGUCAUCACCUGAUGAUUCCUUUUCGGUCAAGAAAGACAGCAAAUUCGGUGGAAAGGGUAUGAGCUCUCCAAGUGUUUCUUCUCACAGAGGCUCAGAAAUUCCAAGUGAAUCAAGGAGUACUGGGUUAACACAUGCUCUUGGACAACUACAUGUCAUACCAAAUACAGGUAAUGAUAGCCGUGUUGAAGAAUGGGUCAAGAAAGGAGAUGGUUUAACAGAGAAAAGAGGAACUCCUGGAGCUGAUAGGCUUUCAGGAAUUCAAGUAUCUAUUGGUCACCUUGAAACCUUGAGGCUUGAAGAUUAUCAAGGAGAACUUGCUGAGCCUGCUCUUCUAGGCCUUAAUACGUGUGUAGUAGCCCCGACUGGUUCAGGAAAAACAUACAUUGCUGUUGCCGUGGCUCAGGAAGUCCUUAGGAAAGCACCGGAGAAAAAGGUUAUCUUUGUUGUCAACCAGGUACCCCUUGUAUACCAGCAGAGUACUGUCUUCAAGAAAUACAUCAAAGAUGUUGCGUACAUCUGUGGCGAUCAUGGCCAGUCCCAAGAUACACGUCUUCCCAUAGACCAGGUCUUGAAGAAGAAUGACGUGGUGGUACUAACGGCUCAGAUACUUGUGGAUGCCUUGGCCAAGGGACAAGUCUCUCUGAAAACAAUUGGACUGAUUGUCCUUGACGAGUGCCAUGAGACAAAGAAAAAGAGUCAAUACAAUGCUAUCAUGGCACAAUACAUGCAGCAGAAACUGAAGGGAGUGAAACCCCUCCCACAGAUCCUUGGCAUGACAGCAUCUUUAGGAGUAGGUAAUGCCCGUAUUCACAAGAAUGCCAUUGAGUACAUGCUGAAGAUCUGUGCCAACAUGGAUGUCGUGAAGCUAUCCACCGUCAAGAAACAUAAAAAGAGUUUGGAACAGGUUGUCACAAAGCCCGAUGAAGGAAUACACAUUGUGACGGGUAGAAUUGAUGAUCCUUUUGCUGAAGAAAUACAGGACCUCAUGUUUAACGUCUUCACGUUUAUCAACUCAAGUACAGGAAGCACUGUUCUUAAAAAGACAAUCGACAAGCUCUCUAGCCUCAGAAGCAGCAACCAUUCCAGAGAGAACUUCAGCCAUGUCCUUUGCAAGUUACAGAAGGAGAUUGCCAAUAAUUCUCAAUCAAAUGAUUUGCAUCUCAGUCUCAUGAUUUGUGCUGAAUACCUCAAGGAAUUCAGCAGCGGGCUGGCCAUCCAUGAAACUGUACGAACCAAGGAUGCUUUGAAUUAUCUUCGAAACUUCAUCAACAAAAAGAAAAAAAAAACUAAGAUCUUAGAUGCAGAGAAAACUCUCCUUAGAAUGUUCAGUGAGAAGCAGCAGAAGCUUGAAAGGCUCUCAAGGAGUCCCAACUCCCCAGACAACCCAGCCCUGAUAGAGCUUAGAAUCCUGAUGGAGCGAGACAUCGCCAAUUGUCAGGACCAGGUCACUCGUGGUUCGUUCCGAGCCAUUCUCUUUACCCAGACCAUCGCUUCUACUUGGGCCCUCAAGAAUUGGGUCAUGGAGACGGAGCCCCUCAAAGACCUUCAUCCGGAAGUCCUGGUUGGCUGUAGAAACCCAGGUAUGAACUUACGUCACCAGACCGAAGUCCUGGACAAAUUCCGUAAUGGCGUACACAGGCUUCUCAUAGCAACAUCAGUGAUUCAGCAAGGCAUUGAUGUCCCAGAUUGUAACUUUGUAUACAGAUACAACUACAUCACUGAUGCUGUAGCCCGUAUACAAGCAAGAGGUCGAACCCGGAAACCAGGAGGGCGCUUUGAUCUGGUGGUCCACAGUUACAGAGGCCUGGAAGGGAAGGAUAAGCUUAGUAAGGAACAAGAACAGAUCAUGCAGGAAGCUACUGAUGCCUUGUCAUCACUUACCAUUGAGCAGAUGAUACAGGGGACUGGCCCAUACCAGAAGCAGCGUGAUGUGCAGAUCUUCGAUCAACAGAGACCCAAGCCGUUAGAUGUGCACAAUCACAGUUACCAUUGCAAACGUUGUAACGCCGAAGUCUGCUUCUCAGAUGACAUCAGAGUUGUUCCUGGAGGACAUCACGUGGUCAUCAAUGGCCAGAUCUUCAGAAAGGUCAGGAUCGUGGCUUCCAGCACACAAGAUCACGAACAUGAAGAUGUAAGACAGUGGUCAUCGGUUGAACAUGCCAAGAAAGAAAUCAGAUGCGUUGAUGAGCGAUGUGAUUUCAAGCUUGGAAGCAUUUGGAAAUGGAAAACUCGGACUCUGCUUGCAUUUUCCAUCGAUGCACUAAGGCUUCGGUCUCGAAUUAAGAACAAGACCUACAAGAAUUGGGGUUCACUUCCAUUUAUAUUUCAUGAAGUACCAAUUGAAGAGGCUUGCUUUGAUGACAUCCCUGGCACCGUGUGAUACAGUCUAUGCAAGGGAGAAAGGUGGCUUAGGUAGAAGUCAGGCUUAUUGCUUAGAUCGCUUGACUUUCAUUUUGUUUUUAGUGUUUGGUAAUGGA